ACAAAAUGAGACACGCGCUCGUCCGGCCGACCGAACUCGCGGCUAUUGCCCACUGAGCCCACGGUGCUGUGGACGCGGCUUAAUUUAAAAUUCGAACGAUUUUCAAAUUCAAAAUUUUUUUCUUCUUCUAAAUUAGUGACCUACGUUCUGUGCGACAAAGAAUGGAUUGUUAAUUAGAAAAAAAAACAAUAAAAUUUGACCUCUUUGGAUAAAUUUCUUUAAGGAUUAUUUUUUCAAUUUUGGAAUCAUGAUGGCUGGCAAAUGCGUAACGUCGUUCCUCGUCUUGUGCUUAGCUGUUAUCUGCCACAAUGGAGAAGCUGCGGAAAGUGAAAACUCUCUUACGAUACCGGAAUACAUCUUACCCUGCCGGCAGAGUGACCCUCAACUGGACACGUGCAUCAAGGGCUCCUUCAACCACCUGCGGCCGUACCUGGCCAGGGGUCUCCCAGACAUCGGGGUGCCGCCGGUGGAACCGCUGCUGAUCGACCGGCUGGUGAUGGAAAAUAAUGCGGGCCCCGUACGGGUCACGGCUGCCUUCAGCAAUAUUACUGUGGUGGGACCCAGUAACUACACUAUUACUAAAGUUAGGUCAGACCUAAAGAAGCUGCGCAUCGAUAUGGGUCUGGUGCUCCCGAGGAUCGAGAUCACGGGCCGCUACGAGGUGUCUGGACAAGUGCUGCUGUUCCCUGUACGCUCGCAGGGAGAUUUCUGGGCUGCGUUCAUGGACGUGGCAGCCAUCGCCAAGAUCUUUGGCAAGGAGGUUGAGAGGGAGAACGUCAAGUACAUGAUGGCGGACCGGCUGCUGGUCGACUUCAAGCUGAGGAGCUCCAGGUUCAAGGUCCGGGAUACCGUCAACCACGGAAGUGUUAUUGGUGAGGCCAUGAACCAGUUCCUGAACAACAACGCAGCAGAAAUCAUCGACGAGAUGAGGCCAGCCGCGUCAGUGGCCAUCGCCAAGCACUUCCAGGCCUUCGUCAACGCGGCCUUCACCAAGAUCCCCAUCGAUGUCUGGCUGAAGCCUUAGAACGUUAAGGAGCCCUAUUGUUUAAGACAGAUCGAAAAGGACCCUAUAAUAUACGGAAAGAUCCAUCUUUACGAUCAGUCCUUUCAAAACGAGUCGAAACGGACAGAUAUAAUGAAUCCUUUUAAGAUCGUUAACUUGAUCUAAGAUGACUUCCAAAACUCACGUAAGUUUGAAUCUAUAGAUUUAAGGUCUUUGUCUGUGACAGCAAGAUCUUGUCGUUCCAUUGAAGACACCCGCAGAAUGCAGACUUUUUUUCGGCCAAUAGUUUGAUCGGGCUGUAAUAAAUAAAGUGCGCGCAUUACAUCGAUUUGGUAUCGGUCGAUUCCUCAUAUAAAUUGGAAGCUGACCAAACUAUAGGCCGACUAAAAGUACGUAGCCCCGAAGACAGACUUUUAGUCGGCCUAUAGUUUGGUCAGGGUCGUAUGUGUAAAUUUUGAGCUAUCGAUCUUCCAAUAUCCUUUUAUAUUGGUCGUAAUGACGGAUCGUUCCGUAUACAAUGGGGUUUUCCACGUAUCUCUUCAAAUCUGGUUGGACUGAUGACGUACUUUUAGUCAAGUACUUACAGCCAGCAGCUAAAGUAGCGUGACACAGUUUUUCUUUCGUCAGUAAGAUUUCAAAUUGUUCAGCUACUUUCUUUGCUGGAUUCAGACAAUUUUACCUUAUUUUGAUUCCCACGAUGGGGAUAUUAAUGACAUACAUAUUUGUAUUAUUACUUUAAGAAAAUUCUCAUGUGAUCACAUCACAAGAAAAUACGAAUGCGAGUAGUAACUAACACCUACUUAACUACAUAAUUAUACGAGAAUUCUUUGUCACAAAAACUUGCAGGUAACAUAAAGGAGGCUACACAUAGGCGUGUUAUCUUUAACCGGCACAAAAUCAUAAAUAUCAUAAUUAUGAAUAAGGUCCAUACAAAAGCUUUGCGUUCAACAACUGCAAAACUGCGUGUCCUGACCGGACCCGCUUAUGUGUAGCGCCCUUUACUUUUACAUAGAUACCUAAGUGACAGACAAGCGAAGUCCAGUGAAAACAAUCAUAGUAAUAAGUCAAACUCGAUGAUGCUUUGAGCUAGAAUUUGAUCAGUUUUGUUUAAGCGAGUUCUAGUAUAUUUUUAUAUUACAAGUUAAAAUUAAUAAUGAAUUUACUAGAACCCACCGUGUGAUGUUACGUUUUAAAAUUCUAGUGAAAUACAAACGUUAGUUCAAGCUAGUUUUAAAUCAGCUAAAGCAUUUUAAAAUUACAUUUAUAACAAACCUUACUUCUUCAUUGUAAGGAAUGAUGCUUUUGCCUGAAGGCAUGUAAUUAAGCUUUAUUUAUUUAAGUAAGUUACCAAAUUUAGAUUUUUAAUUGCAUUGUAUUUUUAAUAAAUUAAUUUGAAAUGUAAACCGACUAGAUGUAAGUUGUGUGAAUGUGAUGAUUUUAUUAGUUUUAUCAACAGUUUUUUUUACUGUGAUUGAAAUAAUAAAUACCUGCUUUAUAUUACAAUAC